CGGGAGCAGCCCUGGAGCGCUGGCGGGCCGGGCCGGGCCGCGCCGCGCUGCCGGGUGCCUGUGGAGGUUGCUUUGGAGCUGCAGGAGCGGCGCGCCCUGGCCAGAAAGCCCCUCGCGUAGAUCGGCAGGCGUCAUCCCAUCAUCUGGGGCUCCUCAGCCCGUUUUUUUCCUCGCUCCUGCCGCAGAUGAUCGGGCCAAGGGAGCCAGCAGGGCCCUUAGACUGACGUAGUCCACCGUAAGAACCUGAGGCUAUCGAGGAGGAACAUGAGGUUCCCUUGGAGAUCUUUCAGGAGGAAGAUGGAAGGGGCAGUUUAAAAGACGUUAAAAGCUGCAGGCUGAAAGACUGGGGCCCGAGGGCUGGCAGUGGAAAACUCUAUUGAGCUGUGAUCUCUCAUUGAAAAGUUCCAAGUGCCUUUUUGCUUCCUGCAAAAGGAAGGGAGAAAAGGAGGAGACCAUGUCUAUAGCCCUGAAACAGGUGUUCAACAAGGACAAGACCUUCCGGCCCAAGAGAAAAUUCGAGCCUGGCACACAGAGGUUUGAGCUGCACAAAAGGGCUCAAGCAUCCCUCAACUCAGGGGUGGACUUGAAGGCGGCUGUGCAGUUGCCCAGUGGGGAGGACCAGAACGACUGGGUGGCAGUGCAUGUGGUGGACUUCUUCAAUCGGAUCAACCUCAUCUACGGCACCAUCUGCGAGUUCUGCACGGAGCAGACCUGCCCUGUGAUGUCCGGGGGCCCCAAGUAUGAGUAUCGGUGGCAGGAUGACCUCAAGUAUAAGAAGCCGACUGCACUGCCAGCCCCCCAGUACAUGAAUCUUCUUAUGGAUUGGAUUGAGGUCCAGAUCAAUAAUGAGGACAUUUUCCCCACCUGUGUGGGCAUUCCAUUCCCAAAGAACUUCCUUCAAAUCUGCAAGAAGAUCCUGUGCCGCCUUUUCCGGGUCUUUGUCCAUGUCUAUAUCCACCACUUCGACCGGGUCAUUGUGAUGGGUGCAGAGGCUCAUGUGAACACCUGCUACAAACACUUCUAUUACUUUGUCACAGAGAUGAACCUCAUAGAUCGCAAGGAGCUGGAGCCCUUGAAAGAGAUGACAAGCAGGAUGUGUCACUAAUGUUCCAUGUCAUUCCUGGGAAGAAAAGGAAGCUGUUUCCUCCAGGAGACCUCAGGGGACAUGAGGUGGCUCUGGCUGAAAUGGCGUGCCUACUUCUGGGAGCAGAUGAGCUGAAGACACAGGGACAUUCCUGGAAGACCUUUCUCCCCCACCCCAUGUGCUCUUAACCCUCUGAGUGCUGCUAGCCAAGACCUGGGGGCCAGGCAGACUAUGUGGAGAAGAGCCAGCUGCAGACCCUCCUGCUAAAGCCUCAGCCGGGCAGGGCCUCUGCACCUCUGCUCACGUGACCGUUCUGCCUGCGACCUGCCACCUAAGCUUUAUCAGAAUUCAGGUUUUGUGACUGAGACAUUCCUUUGUAUCUUUCUGCUCAUGACUUGUUAGCUGGCUUUUCUGCCCUUUGUUUUCUAAAUCCCAAGUGAAUUUUGGAACUCUGAACACACAGCAGGUUUUUCUACACCAAACCUUCUUCAGGGCUGAGGGGUCCACUUUGUUUUUCUUUCUUCACAUUGUGCAGGGCCUGGAUCUGUGGAAGCCCCAAACCCCAACUGGAAAGAUCCCCACCAGUUCCCACAUAAGCAGUUUCACCAGGGACCACUCUGCAGCUAAACCAUCUCUGCCGCAAAUAGGUCCUCACAUUCGCACCAUUUGGGAAGAGACUGGUCACCUGCCAAAAAGAGAGCAGCUUUUUAGUUUGCCCUGAGAAGAAUGUAUAUUGUUCCAAAACCACUUUC